GGCAUCUGCUUGCCCACGCCCCACUUCCUCCGCUACAACAAAGGCCAACAAGCCCCUAAUCCGUCUGCCGAUUCAACCGUCUUGACUAGUCGGAGAUCGCGCUUCCGGUGUCCUCCACCUGUACCGCUCCGACUGCAGUUUUUAUUCCUCGUGGGCGCGCCGUUCGACCGUCUUUUCUUCCCUUGAACAGCUGUGUCCCUGAGAGAGGUUGCACGUCGCAUCUUUUUUUUUUUGUCUCCUUCCCCGCAGCAGCAACCAUGUCGACUCCUGUCAGUCCCGUGGAGCAUAAGCUCCCUCAGCGUUCGGGGACCGUCACUAGCGCCAUGACUGGUGUCAGUCGUCGAACUUCCAUGAGUGAUGACGAGGCCAUUCCUGGCUCUGAUAGCAAUGAGACCACGAACCUCCUCCUCGAGCGUCUCCGUGCUUGGAAGCACAUGUGUGGAUAUUUGGAAGAGUAUGUGUCUGCGACGGCCAAGGUGUCCAAGUCGCAGUCCAAGGACUUCGAGAAGGUUUUGAAGACUGUGAACGAACCUCUGCGGGAAAGCCACCAUUUCUCCCAGAGCGCUGGCGGCGUUUCUUCUUGGUUUGAGAACAUCCGCGCCAACACUCAGGGCAUGGUGAACCUGUACCUUGACUCUGAGAGAAACCUCAAGGGCUCCGUGCUUCCGACCUUGGAACGUCUUCACAAGGAAAUCAAGGCCAAGUCGAAGGAAUUGCAGAACGGCGCUGCAAAGGGCGCCAAGUCUGUCGACAAGGCUCGCGGUGUCACUCAGAAGCACAUUGAGCUCCUCGCUCAGCACACGGCCACACUCGACGCUGCGUCCCAUAACAAGAUCGACACGGCCCAUGACCCUUACAUUCUCCGUCGAGGUGUCACCCACCGCCUGAACAAGCAGGUUAUCGAGGAGAACAACAACCGCCAGGACCUCAUCGCUGUGCAGAACAACUUCCAGCAGUUCGAGGCCCAUGUCCUGCAGACCGUUCAGGGCGCUAUGGAGCAGUUCGUCGUCUACAUGGGCGGCCAGCUCGACCGUCACCGCGCCAUGUACACGGACAUUCUGUCCUCCGCGCAAAAGGUUCCCCCGGACUUCGAAUGGGUCAACUUCAUGACCAGAAACGACCACAUCCUCGUCAACCCCGACGCCCCGCCGCGCUCCCUCUCCAACAUCACCUUCCCCAACCAGGAGCACCGCGCCACCAAGCCCUUGAUCGAGGGCACUCUGGAGCGCAAGUCCCGCGCCAUGCUCAAGGGCUACAGCAGCGGCUUCUACGUCGUUACCCCCGCCCGCUACCUCCACGAGUUCAAGGACAACGACGAUCUCCGCCGCGACCCCGCCCCCGAACUCUCCCUCUACCUGCCCGACUGCAUCAUCGGCGCCAUCGACGGCUCCAAGUUCAGCGUCAAGGGCAAGGACGUCUCCAGCGGCAAGGUCGGAAACGCCUUCCACACCAACACCGAGCUGAGCUUCAAGGCCGCCAACUCCAACGAGGCCGAGAAAUGGUGGACCGUCAUCAAGGACGCCACUCGCGCUCCGACGUUCGCUUCUAGCACCACCACCUCGCCAACCAGCCCUGUUGCGGCCGAGAGCUCCCAGCCCCCCGCUUACGUCGAGAAGGAAUCCGCUGCUGCUCAGCAGGAAUCAGCCACCGCUGCGUCCCCGACCACUCCCGCUGCUGUCUCUCGUACUAAUACUAGCGGCUCUGGCACUCUCCCUACUGCUUCUGGUGCCGCCGCCCCGGCAGCUGCACCUGCUACCACUGCUACGGAGGAUAAGGCGUGAUAACUAUUUAUCUUUUCUUAUUUCUGGUAUAUAUGCAACUAACUAACUUACUUACUUAACUACCCGUAUAAUAUUCCCUUUGCUGCAUGCAUGCAAUUGAACUUUAUCCUUUGGCUUCCUAUUCUCUGUUAUUUCUUUGCG